AUGGGUAAUAUGAUGAAAAAGAAAAACGGUGCUCAGGUUGCUCCAAUGCAAGGCGGAGUUUCUCCACCUUAUCAACAACAACAACAACAACAACAGCAACCUCAAUACAUGCAACAACCUCAAUACGUACAACAACCGCAAUACGCACAGCAACCGCAAUAUAUGCAACAACCUCAAUAUAUGCAACAACCAGCUCAAUAUCCAUCAUCAUAUUACUCUGGUGCAUCGUCACCGUAUAAUCAGAAUAGCCAACUACUUUCAAGUCUGACAGGGUGGUCUAGUCCCGAUAUUCAACGUCUUCAAUCUGAAUUUUUAGUUUAUGCUAAUCCAAAUGGUAUCGUUGAUCGUAAUGGUUUUCGAAAACUCUAUAUUUCGUCGUUGCUUAAUACGUCAUGGGAAAAUAUUGAACGUAAUGCUGAGGCAACGUUUCGUAGUCUAGAUAUAAAUCAAACCGGUGGACUUGAUUUUAAUGAAUAUAUGAUAGGAUGUACACGUAUGAGUGGAUCAGGAGGAGGAUAUUGA